CCGGGGACGGGGCGGAGAGAGGGGGGGGUGGUGUUGGUGUUGUCGAUCGUUCGGGUUGUUCUCUGCGGCCGCUUCCCGGCAGCCGCCGCCGCUUCCUUUCCCGUCGGUCGCAGCGCCGCUCCGCCGGGGCACCGCGGGGGCGGCGGGGAGCGCAGCGGAGGCUCCUUCCCCUCUCGCCCAGCCGGGGCUACCGCCCUCCGCGCGGCCCUGAGGAGACGGGGACGGAGGCUGCGGCUGCCCCUGCCCCUUAUCCCCGCUCCCGGAGUGCCCCCCCUGCCCGCCUCGGGGAGUUGCGGCUGCCGCCUUCCUCCUUGGGCUCGUCUAAAUUUGAUGUUGUUUUACUCCAGAAGAAUCCAGAUAGCCGGUAGUGUUGAAAAAUGUCCUGUCUGCACUAGCAGCUAACUGAUCUGAACCCAUUGUUGACAGCCACCAUCAACAGGUCAUUUUCCCUCUGCGAGUGUGGCUUUUGAUUAUGUAUCGUAAAUCCAAGUGGAAGUGCGGUUACAAUCUCAUGGUUCUUGGACACGGUAACUGCACCCUCCAAUGUGAAUUCUUGCUUGAAGAAGAGAAGUAUGGGGUUUUAAAUUGAAAUAAAGCUAUAGACAGUAAUGUGUGAAUCUCAGAAGGGAAAUAAUGAAAAAAGUGUGCCACAACUCUUGAUCAGAGACCUGAAAUUUGAGAAGUCAUUAUCUAAGCUCAUGUUUUCUCCUGAUCAAGAAAAUCAUCCAUCAAAAGCACCAGUAAAAUAUGGUGAAUUGAUUGUGUUGGGGUACAAUGGAUCUCUCCCAAAUGGAGAUAGAGGAAGAAGAAAAAGUAGGUUUGCUUUAUUUAAAAGGCCCAAGGCAAAUGGGGUGAAACCUAGCACUGUGCAUAUUGCCUGUACCCCUCAAGCAGCAAAGGCAAUAAGUAAUAAGGACCAACACAGCAUAUCUUACACUUUGUCUCGGGCCCAGACGGUGGUAGUUGAAUAUACACAUGACAGCAACACAGAUAUGUUCCAGAUUGGUCGGUCAACGGAGAGUCCUAUAGACUUUGUCGUGACAGAUACAGUUCCUGGAAGUCAGAGUAAUUCAGAUACACAGUCCGUGCAGAGCACUAUAUCAAGGUUUGCCUGCAGAAUCAUAUGUGAACGUAACCCUCCUUUUACAGCAAGAAUAUAUGCUGCAGGAUUUGAUUCCUCAAAAAACAUCUUUCUUGGGGAGAAAGCUGCAAAGUGGAAGACAUCAGAUGGGCAAAUGGAUGGACUAACCACAAAUGGAGUUCUUGUUAUGCAUCCUCGUAAUGGAUUUACGGAAGACUCCAAGCCAGGGGUGUGGAGAGAGAUAUCUGUGUGUGGGAAUGUGUUCAGCCUCCGUGAAACCAGAUCAGCUCAGCAGAGGGGAAAAAUGGUUGAGAACGAAACGAACCAGCUCCAGGACGGCUCUCUGAUUGACCUGUGCGGAGCAACGCUGCUGUGGCGCACGGCGGAAGGGCUUUCCCGCACUCCGACUGUCAAGCACCUGGAGGCCCUAAGACAGGAAAUAAACGCAGCAAGGCCCCAGUGUCCCGUGGGUUUUAACACCUUGGCAUUCCCCAGCAUGAAGAGGAAAGAUGUCGUAGACGAAAAGCAGCCGUGGGUGUAUCUGAACUGUGGCCACGUCCACGGCUAUCACAACUGGGGAAACAAAGAGGAGAGAGACGGCAAGGAUCGGGAGUGUCCCAUGUGCCGCUCCGUCGGCCCCUACGUGCCCCUCUGGCUGGGGUGUGAAGCGGGGUUUUAUGUGGACGCGGGACCUCCAACCCACGCGUUCAGCCCGUGCGGGCACGUGUGCUCGGAAAAGACAACUGCAUACUGGUCCCAAAUUCCUCUCCCUCACGGUACUCACACUUUUCACGCAGCCUGUCCGUUCUGUGCACAUCAGCUGGCUGGGGAGCAAGGUUACAUCAGACUCAUUUUCCAGGGACCUCUUGACUAACGCACGUGUUACCCAGGACUGCAGUAAACUGAUAAGCUACGCGAUUCUGAUUUUUAAAUCAACCGGUUUUCCUAUUCUCUGGGCUUCGCUGGUUUGCGUUAAGAUGAAGAACUCGGGGGGGUUUUGUUACGACAGCGAAAUCCCUCUCUGUUGAGAAAAGUCUGAAAGUGGAAGAAACGGAGGGUGAAGGGGGAGAACUGCUUUUUUUUUUUUUUUUUAGUUAAUAACUACUUCUGAAGAGGUGAAGGAAGUGGUGUGGAGUGAACUUCGAUGCCUUCCGUUCAAUGGCUUUGAAUCACAUGCCCACAGUGUUUGAAAGCUGUUUCAUUCUUUUUUGUAUAUGGAGGGUAAAGAACAUUAGUUUACAGCUUGGAUGCAAACAUUGUAAAAUAACACGUGUAUAUUAACUCUUUUCUAUUUAUCUUUAUUAUUGAAAAUACGUAGAAUGUGUAGAGAGUAGCAUGGUCAUAGUGUGUUACAUCCAGCAGUUGGAUGUGUAGAGUAGUUCUGGGUGGAGAAGAACAUGAGAUGGAAAUGGUAGAAAAAUCUUUUUUAAUCUAAAAUACUGAGUUCUUAGAAUAGUUUAAAUGCUUUUUAAACAAAGCUAAUGCAAAUUACGACGGCAUAAAGGUGCGCUUUAAUCACGUUGAAAGGUAGCUAAGAAGGACUUGUUAAAAUGUCUUUUUGGUAGGACUGUACGUAAGAUCUGGUUACGAAGAGAAUAUUUACCGGACUCUUUGAAUAUGCAACUUAGUCUAGAUUAAGGAUUUUUUUUCUCCCUUCACGCUAACACAUCUCUUUAUUUAGCAUUAGUGAGGGUUUGCCCAACGUUAACCGUUAAACAAACCUGAAAGACAAGGCUCAGUUUGUUCCUCGCCUCAUGGGGCGAGGGGGGAGGUGGGGGGGGGGGGGGGGGGGAGCAGGGAGCAAUUUUCCAGUGGGCCACAGGCCCGGCUGGUCCGUCGGCUGUUGGGCCUUUCGGCGGGGGCCGGGGGCUGCCUGCCGCGGCCCCUGGCCCUGCUGCGAGCUGCAAACGCCACGCGCGGCGCGGAGCUGAAGCCUGGUUACCCCGGGGGUGCGGGCCGGGGGGUGACCCGUGAGAGGGGGGGCAGCUAGAGCUGGGGGGGCGCCGGGCUGGGCUCCUGCGGGGCGGCCGGGUGUGCUCCCGCUGCGGCGCGCUCUAGGUCGUGGGCUCUCUCUGCUUUCCCCUCCCUACCCCUUCCUUUCCCUCUCCCCACCAGAAAAGGCCAGUGCACUACAUCCAGCUUUGCUGCUAACCCACCGUGCUUCAUGGCAAAUGCACAGCCUGACCUUUUUAGGAUCGAGUUGAGCUUUUUUUUGGCCAGCUUCAUACUUUUUUUUUUUUUUUUUUUUUUUCCCCCCCAAAAUACGUACUGUAUAAUUGACGGUAGCAAAUUUCUGUACUUUAUAGCAUAGCUUUAAUUUUUCCUUUUGAAGCUCUUCUAAAAUUUUCUUGGUUUAAAGAGAGACCUAUGUUGCUUAGAUGUCAUGAAUUAUUUACUUUGACUGUCAACUGUUUCUCCAUUUUAAAAAAGAAAUUAUAUAUAUUGUUUGGUUCACUCAGGAAAUGCAUGUGUCAGGAAACCUGUAUUAUAAGUUCAGUCAGCUGUCAUGUACAAGUAACUGCUGUUACUCCCUUUCCAUAGAAAUAUAACUGAUAUUGACAUUUUCCAGAUUAUAUGCAUUAAGUAAUGAAACUUAUGCAGCAAGAAAUCCCUGUAUUGUAGUUGUUCUAAUCAUUUUAUUCCAACUAUAGUAUACUGUAGUUUAAUUUUUAUUUGCAAAUUAAUUUAUUCAAACUACGUGAGUAAACACUUUUCAAAAA